GUAUGGUAUUUGGUCUUGUAGAUGUGAGCACUGCCAAUUUUCAGAAGGAUUAUUAUCUGAAAAUCAUUGAGGAAUCAGUAUUGCAAUUUAGUUAUGAUAUUUCAUCUGGCCUGAUAGCAAUAUUUGUAGCAUACUAUGGAGGGAGAGCAAAAAUAACAACAUGGAUGGCAGUUUCCUCCUUUUUAAUUGGAGUUGGGUCACUUUUCUUUGCCUUUCCAUUCUUUAAUAAUAGAAAUUAUGAGUUUGAGGUAGAAAUAGAAGAUAUUUGCCAAGAAUCAAUGGUUAUCAAAACUUGCCAGAAAAGCACAUUAUCAUUCCAAUCAAAAUAUGUAUCUUUCUUCAUCCUUGGGCAGACUGUGCAGGGAAUAGCAGGAAUGCCUAUUUAUAUCCUUGGAUUAACCUAUAUUGAUGACGAUGUUGCCACACACUCAUCUGAUACCUAUCUAGGCCUUGCAGAAGCUUCAGGAGAGGUUGGAUAUUCUCUGGAUUACGUGAUAGGGGCACAAUUUCUGAAGGCCUCUGAGAAUAGCACUUCUGAGAACAACACUAAAGAUGAUGGUUAUCCACAAUGGCUGUCAACUUGGUGAAUUUGUUUUCUUAUUACCACACUUAUUGCAUGGUCUACAUCAAUGCCACUGUCAUGCUUUCCACACAAUAUUCCAGGUAACUCAAGGAUGAAAGCUGGGGAAUGUAAACAACCUUGUUUGUUUGACAGCAAGCUUAAAGAUCAGAAAUUCAGAAGUGGUAAAAAGGAUUUCUUUGCUGCUAUUAAGGUUCUGAUUAAGAAUCAAGUACUUGUUUGCCUAGCGAUGUCCAAAGCUAUGGAAUAUUUAGUUAUUAUUGGAGCUUCUGAAGUUUUGCCUAAAUAUUUAGAAAAUCAAUUUAUAUUAACACCCAAUAUGGCAACUACACUUGCAGGACUUGUUUUAAUUCCAGGAGGAGCACUUGGCCAGAUUCUGGGAGGUGUCAUCAUUUCGAAACUACAACUUAAAGGGAGAAGUAAAAUCACUUAUAUGGUUGUAAGGUUUCUACAUUUUAAGAGGAGUGGGCAGUUGGGAAACCUCACAGAUCCUUGCAACGAGAAAUGUAAAUGCUCGUCUUCAUUAUAUUCGUCUAUAUGUGGAAGAGAUAAUAUUGAAUAUUUUUCUCCCUGCUUUGCAGGCUGCAAACAUUCUAAAACAUUGCAUGGACAAAAG